UCAAGUGUGUAGGGGCAGUGACUCACACUUCCCCGAUUGAAGUGUGGAUUGAACAAAAAGACGUUUUUCUCUGAUUGUCUGCGGGACGUUCAAGUUCAUGAUUCCCAUCUUUAAACUUGGAUGAGGGGACUUUUACAGAGGAACUAAACCACCGGAGUUGAGGCAGUACAAAUGUUUGAUCUAAUGUGUCGGAUAGGGCCUCUACUUCUCCUGGGAGGAUUCGUGCUGCCAGGAAUGCGACAUGUCAGUGGAAUAGAUAUUUACACUCCAGGAGAGGUGAAAGUGGUCAACGGGACAAAUGUGAAACUGAAGUGUACCUUCACCUCCAACCACCCAGUGACGCCCCAGUCAGUCACAGUGUCCUGGAACUUCCGCCCCAUUAAUUCAGCAUCAGAUGAGUCGGUAUUUUACUACCAUGAGGUAGCAUAUCCUCCCGUGGACGGGCGUUUUAAAGACCAUGCAGUGUGGUCGGGAGAUAUUAUGAGACGGGACGCCUCCAUCACCCUGCAUGAGGUGCCUCCGACCUUUAAUGGUACCUUCAUCUGCCAGGUGCGUAACCGCCCAGAUGUGCACGGCAGUAAUGGAGAGAUUGUCCUCAAAGUCGUCAACAAAGUUUCCCUCUCUGAGAUCGGGGUCCUGGCGCUCGCAGUUGGAGGGGCCUGCGGUGUAAUCCUGAUCCUCCUUGGUAUCUUUGUGGCAGUGAGGUACUACAGGAGAAGGCACAUAGAAAACGACAUUGAGCUGCACCCACAGGAGCGUGAGUGGAAGGACCCGACUGUGUGUACACAUGAAGAGGCAGUUCAUCUGAAAGUUGUGGAGAAGAAGAAAGAAGCUGAGAGUUCAGAUGAUGAAGAGUCCGAGCCCAGCAGUGGAGAUGAUGAAGAGGAGGAAGAUGGCCUUGAUGAUGAUGAUGAUGAUGAUGAUGAUGAUGACGGCGAUGAUGAAGAUGAUGGUGGUGAUGACGAUUAAAUUGGCACUCUAUUGAUUAGAAUCAUCUUUGCUGUUAAAACACCAGCCUUUUUGGUAUUAACAUGGUUUAAAUGUUCAGAUGUAAUUUAUUAUAUUUUUUCAGAGUUCAGGGCGUCACUAACAUUUAAUGUUAAAGAACUACCCCACCAGUUUACAGACAGUUUUUUUUGUUUGUUUUGUUUUUUUUUAAAAGGACCAAAUUCAAUGCAGCAGAACUAUCAUCAUCUUUUUUUUUUUCUUUCUUUCUUCUUCCUUGUAAUAACCCGCAGCCCACAUUUCCCACAUACAAUUCAAACACUCACAGUUCAGUUGGAGAUGCAGUUGUGUAAUGCUAGUAGCAGCGCUAACGAAGCUUCGAGCCACUAACCUCAGGCAGAGAUGAGGAGCAGGCUACAGCAGUCUGGUAGGCUCACUUCUUUCUAACUCCACCCAACCAGUGCUGACUCAUGUGAUAUCACAUGUGGACAUUUUUCUGUAGCUGUAGCAGUAUUCCUGAAGCCCUGUAAACAGACUUUAAUAUGCAAAAUCAGUGCAGGAAAUGUAUUGCCUCAGAUCAGUGUGAAAAUUCAGGAAUUUUCAUGUCUAAAUGGACUAUAGAUUUUUAAUUUAUCUUUGCUAACAUAUAGAUAGUGUUUCAUGUCUGCUCCACUGCCACAUCAACACCCACUUCCUAAAAGCACCAGCUGAGUAAACAAAACCAAACUUUUGUCUACUCAGCUGUUUCUCUUUAACUGUAUUAUAAUGUGUCUUUACAGAGGGUUUUGAAUGUUGUCGAGGAAAAAAUGAGAGACUGGUUGUUGAGAUAUAUGAGCGAUAAACAAAGUAAGGUGUUUACAAGUGAUUUUUUUAUUUUGAUAAUGUACAUAGUGUAAAAUAAGCAGAGAUUUACACUUUAAUCAAGUCCUGAAAUGUUGUCACAUGUAUCUUGGUUUAAAAUAAAAGGACUGUUUAUGAAAUUA